UGAUCAAAUCUAGAAUCUGCACUGAACAACCAGCUAGUAACAGUGAGUCAGUGCCUCAGCUGGAUGCUGUCAGCUCGAGCUCCAAAUUCCAUUGCAACAAAAAAGAAGCACAACAGGUGCUGCUUUAAUUUAAUCACAGCUACGUCAUUGACCUCUACACUGAAUGUGUCACAUGUGGAAAACUUAGAAAAAUGGUGGCUAAGCUUCUAUCCCAGGUCAGAGUAUUCCAGGUGGAGGAGAUCAAUAACUAGGAGUAAAGACGGGUGUGUUUGGUGUCAGUGACUUUAACGCUACACAUCUGAGGCGUCUGAAGUCCAGAGAGGAGACUUUCACUUCACUCCAAUGAUAGUUUCCUCAUAGUUUUCUUUACAAGAACCACAUACUGUACACAAAGAUGGAGGAACCCUCCGUAGUGGUUCCCUAUAAGCUGGGUGCGGUGGCUCGGCCUGCUGCUUGCCUUCGCCCAGCGCCAAUUCAUGGUUUCCUUUGUGCUCAAGAGUCUGCCAGAGCCUGUGUCAUAAAGUUCUGUCAGAAAAGUAGCAGUUACUGGAUGGAGGUCCUGUUCUGUGACUAUGUCCACAUCCCUGUGAUGGGCUCCAGGGCUGCUGCUGAGGGCUGAUCAGGCUCCUGGCUCUGGAAGGACUCUGAACAUCUCUGCUUCAAAGCUUUGAAUGCUGCAGUUUCUAUUAGACAGUAUAUCCCCAAAUAAAUGUGAAUGUAAGUGUGCACACUGCGGCCCACGGCUCCCUGCUUGCUCUGGGCUAACGGGGCUGUGAGCAGCCUUUGCUUCCGGCUCAGGUCCAGCAGAGACUCCGCUCCGCGCGGAUCCACUCCUUCUUCUCCCGCGGCCCGUCUCUCAGCGCCGGGCUCUGAUUGGACGCUGGCUGCUUGUCAGGAAGAAAGAGCUGCUGUGUUGAGGCCGAAAACUCAGACACAACCAGGACCUGGGUGCUGCUGGGAUAUAUCAGGGGAACGGAUUUAAAGUCUGCCGGACGCUCGGAAGGUGUUUUCCCGGAGCCGAGCCGGAGCGGAGCGCCGUGUGAGCCUCCGCGCUGCCGCUGUCUGCCGCCGUCGCGCCAGUUUCUCCCUCCGACCGAGCGUCGCUGCCUGCUGGUCACAGUAAUCCAGAGCCGCCGCUGCUUUAAUGAGACUCCGGCUGCUGUGUGGCGACGCAGCCACAAACCUGUCUGAGAUUUAAGUCCUCGUCCUGCCGGGAGGACGCACACGGGCUCAGCUGCUGCCGCUGCUCUCCGGGGCUGACAGCUGAAGCAUCCCGAUAAAGCUGCAACUCCACGGAGCGAGUGAGCGGCAUUUCUGCGCCAGUGGAGCUGUGAUGAGCGCCCUCCGGACCGCCGUCUCCCUGUGAAGCAGCACCGGGGCUUCGCUGCUCCGGGUUCAUGGACUGACUGGUCCUGGAGGCAGCAGUUGGAAGCCUGUCUGCAUCAGUGCCAUGAAUCAGCCUGGACAACAGCUGCUACCCACAUAGAGGUCACUUUACCUCUGUUUCCAUUAGCUUCGUUCCAGAGGAUGCUGGGAAUGUGUCGCGGGCGCAGGAAGUUCCUGGCGGCCUCCCUAGCCCUGCUCUUCAUCCCAGCGCUCACCUGGCUUUACCUGUCAGUCGGUAGCUUUCAAGUGAAGCCCCUUCCCCUGUCUCCUCUGGAAGCCCAGUCAUCCACGCUGGUGGGCGGAGGCGGCGAGCGGCAGGCCUUGGAGCUGAGGGUGCGUGCGGUGGAGGAGGAGAACAGGGCACUGCGCCGGGAGCUCAGCCGGCCACCCAGGAGCCCGUCUGCACGCCUUCCAAAUAGCAGUCACCGUGGCAACCAAAGCCGAACCCAUUCAGAGGAAGGCACCGGCGACAAUGAGGGCCAGAAAGCUGCAGCAGUGGGAAACAGCUCCGACUGUGUGCAGCAGCCAGUGGUGGAUAAGUGUGAGACCAUCCACGUGGCCAUCGUAUGUGCAGGUUACAACGCAAGCCGAGACGUGGUGACGCUGGUGAAAUCGGUCCUCUUCCACAGGCGGAACCCUCUUCAUUUCCAUUUCAUCACAGACUCCAUUGCUCAGCAGAUCCUGUCCUCUCUGUUCCACACCUGGAUGGUUCCUGCUGUCAGGGUGGACUUCUACGACGCAGAUGAACUAAAAUCUGAAGUGUCAUGGAUCCCCAACAAACACUACUCUGGGAUUUACGGGCUGAUGAAGCUGGUGCUCACCAAGACGCUGCCGUCAGACCUGCAGAGAGUCAUCGUACUGGACACAGACAUCACCUUUGCCACCGACAUCGCAGAACUCUGGGCCGUGUUUCAUAAGUUCAAAGGUCAGCAGGUUCUGGGUCUGGUGGAGAACCAGAGUGAUUGGUACCUGGGGAACCUGUGGAAAAACCAUCGACCCUGGCCGGCCCUGGGCAGAGGCUUCAACACUGGGGUUAUUUUGCUUCUCCUGGAUCGACUGCGGAAGCUCAGAUGGGAGCAGAUGUGGAGGCUGACGGCAGAAAGGGAACUAAUGAGCAUGCUGUCCACCUCUCUGGCAGACCAGGAUAUCUUCAACGCUGUGAUCAAACAGAACCCGUUCUUGGUUCACCAGCUGCCCUGCUUCUGGAACGUCCAGCUGUCUGACCACACCCGCUCGGAGAAAUGCUACAAAGACGUGUCAGACCUCAAGGUGAUCCACUGGAACUCUCCCAAGAAACUGCGAGUGAAGAACAAGCAUGUGGAGUUUUUCCGGAACCUCUACCUUACCUUUCUGGAGUACGACGGCAACCUGCUGCGUCGGGAGCUGUUCGGCUGUCCCAGCGAGGCCGACCACAACAGUGAGAACCUCCAGAAGACUCUGUCAGAGCUAGAUGAAGAUGAUCCUUGCUACGAGUUUCGUAGAGAGCGAUUCACCGUCCAUCGAACACACCUCUACUUCCUCCACUAUGAGUACGAACCCAGCUCUGACAACACUGACGUCACUCUUGUCGCCCAGCUCUCUAUGGACAGGCUGCAGAUGUUGGAGGCCAUCUGUAAGCACUGGGAAGGUCCCAUCAGCCUGGCCCUGUACCUGUCAGACGCUGAAGCCCAGCAGUUCCUGCGCUACGCUCAGGGUUCCGAAGUGCUGAUGAGUCGCGGGAAUGUAGGUUACCACAUUGUCUACAAGGAGGGACAGUUCUACCCAGUGAACCUGCUGAGAAACGUGGCCAUGCGGCAGGUCAACACACCCUACAUGUUCUUAUCAGACAUUGACUUCCUUCCCAUGUACGGCCUCUACGAGUACCUCAGGAAGUCAGUAGUGCAGCUAGACAUGGCCAACACCAAGAAAGCUCUGGUGGUUCCUGCCUUUGAGACGCUGCGUUAUCGCCUCUCGUACCCAAAGUCUAAAGCUGAGCUGCUGUCUCAGCUUGACAUGGGGACCCUCUUCACCUUCAGGUACCAUGUGUGGACUAAAGGCCACGCGCCAACAAACUUUGCCAAAUGGCGAACAGCUACGACACCUUACAGGGUGCAGUGGGAGGCCGACUUUGAGCCCUACGUCAUGGUGAGGAGGGACAGUCCCGAGUACGACCGUCGCUUUGUGGGCUUUGGCUGGAACAAGGUGGCUCACAUCAUGGAGCUGGAUGCACAGGAGUAUGAAUUUGUGGUUCUGCCCAACGCCUACAUGAUCCACAUGCCUCACGCGCCCAGCUUUGAUAUCACCAAGUUCCGAUCCAACAAGCAAUACAGAGUCUGCCUCAAGACCCUGAAGGAGGAGUUCCAGCAGAACAUGUCGCGGCGCUAUGGCUUUGCCGCCCUCAAGUACAUGACAGCUGAGAACAACAGCUAGCCACCACUGCAGGCCCUCACACCCCACGCCCUGAACUACUGACACACUCCACGGGCUGGGCUCGGGCGAGGCACCAGGAUCGGACGGCCCAUGUGGAGCCAGUGGGAUACUUUGACUUGAGUCCCUCAGACUUUGUUAGAACAUUUGACCCUCAGCGUGGGACUGCAAGGGUCUUUAUGUCCAUACUUUGUCCUGCUGUGGAUAGAAGAGAUAAUCCAGGAGGAGUGUACUUCUGCCGGGAUGUUAAAGCUGUGAAAGACGACAUGAGUGACUGCUGGGUCUGGGCCCCGGCUGUGAGAGCACUGAGCCCCAGCUGUGGGAUCUAACAGACAGCAGGCGAAGGAAAGCAGACAUCCUAUGCCAUAUUUGUAAGACCAGUGACAGAGUUGUGGGCAAUGUGUAACAUUAUGUAUGUAUGUAUGUGGGUGUAUGUGUAGGGAGAUGAAAAGUGUGUGUGUGUGUGUGUGUGUGUGUGUGUGUGUGUGUGUGUGUGUGUUUAUGUGUGUGUAUGUGUGUGUGUGUGGGCGCUUAGCAAAAACCUUAAGGAGAACUGAAGAUGGAGGCAGUGCAGGGUCACACUGUGUCUGCACGCUACAAAGAGGAAAAGCCCUCCAAGUGCCAUGAGGUAACAGAAAGCUGCCGGUUUGACUGACAGCACGCCCCGACUCAAAUGCAAAUUGUCAGCAGGCGGCGAGAUAAGACAAAGCGGUAUACGUGUCCACAAAGAUUUUGAAAAUCUCAUUCUGACGAGUGACACAUAGCCAGAUAUGGAGACGAGCAGCCAGCCAGCCGACCAUCUGCUGCUGCUUAAUUUGUUUCAUAGCUGAUACAGAUCAGAAUAAAUCCUCCUCCUCAUAUGACAAGGGAAGUUAAGUGCAAGGAUGGCUGGAGGUCGUCCACUCGGUUGAUAUUCAGGGUAUCUCCACAUCAGCCUGAGCGUGCUGCUUCAGAGUGUUCCCACUGUUUUGUUAUGACUGCAGAAUCUGACAGCAGCUGGUGUGGUGUGCUUCUUUUAGUGUGUUUUAAACGUGAGUCCAGUGAGCGUGCACAAACACCUGCUGUACGUUGGGUUAGUGAAGCUGCCACACCACCACGCUGAGCAGCAUCAAGGCAACGCGCCAGUCACUCAGCUCACUGUCCACCUUUCUUUCCAACAAUCAGUGUUAUUUCUUAGUGUGUUUACAGUCCUGAUAGGUGCAGUGGGGAAGGCGGGGGUUCCUCAGAGCGCCACCAACAGGAUGGGAGGAGGAUCGAACUGAGAGUUUAAACUCUGUGAAAAUCAGGCAGUUCCAGUCAGGACAGAUAUCAAACACUGUUUCUUGUUCUCACACUCUUUCUUUCUUUCUUUCUUUCUCAUGCUGGCCUCUAGUUUAACAACAUUAUAGCAGCCAGAUCAGCCAGUACCACAGUGGCAGUGUGUGUUCUGGUGUGUGUGCUGCCACUCAGGCGGGUCAUGGUGAUGCUGAUAUGGGUGUGCUGUGGAUAUUCUGUAUUCAGCUACUUCUGCAAACAAAUCUUGUGUUAUCUGCAGAGGCUCGAGACACGACGAGCAGGCUGACAGUCACUUUCAUAUUUUUUCUGAUAUUAAACCUCACUGUUCAGUAUCUACAUCAUAUAUUGUUAGGAUAUAAUUUAAAACGAAAGUUGGAUGCAGACAUGAAGCAAUAGUGUGAGAUAUCACAAGUUACUGUAGGAAUAUUAUUUGAAGUAUUAUGUUGUUGUUAGAAGUUACAGUACCUUAAAGAAUGUAAAGUGUCGCACUGUGGUUUCUGACAGGGACGUUGUUUUAAUGUUAGGGCUUAAAGUGAUCUCUUCUCUUAUCUAGAGUGUCAUGGUAACACACCUGGAACUGUAUGGUAACUGAGCAGAAAGGCAGAAGAACAUCUAAUUACUUGAUCGGCUCAUGGAAGUAUGAAGGAAAACCCAAUACUGGGCUUAAAGGUGGCAUCCACUCAUCUCAUUGAAAGUUGCCAGUCAGGUGCGUGAAACAAAAAGGUUUCUUGUACAGCCCACUGCACAUGCUCAUUCCAGUUUCCACCACUGGUCCUGCCUGUAGGUUUCCACACAGAUAUGAAAGCUCUGUGAAUUAAACAUUCAGGACAGAAAUGCCAAAAAAACAUUCUUGUUUGCAGUUGGAGGUGUUCUAUCAACAUUUUCUCCACUCGCAUCUGCAAAAUGACUCUUGACGCAGUCAGUCCAACAAGUUUUUUUGAGUCUCUGGAAGUGACAUAUGACAGGAAGUCAGUUGUCUCAGUUGUGCAUGUUCUCUACAGAUUCAACUGGUGGGACACCAGUGAGCUUUACGAACCCAGAAUUCCAGAUGCAUGUGGUCCUUCUCGGUACCUCAUGGAGUAAGCUCGACAUUUUUAACAUAUGCACCAGUGCACAACUUUCCUUUGAAUAAGAGAGGCUCCAUCCUAUAGUCCAUUGAUCCGUCCCCCCUCAAUUUUCUACCACUUCCAGUAUCAGCUCUUGGUGCAGCAGGCUAAGUAGGGCAUUCCAGACAUCCCUCUCUCCAGCAAGGUUUUCCAGUUGUGCCUUAGGAUUCUAAAGAGUUCUCUGGCCAGAUGAGAUAUACAACCCCUCCAGUGAGUUCUGCUUCUACCCUGCGCUCUCCUCCUAAUUGGACUUGAAAACCUCCAAAAGAAGGCAGCCAGGAGGCAUCUUAAUCAUAGGCAUGAAUCACCUCAGCUGGCUCCUUUUGUCACGAGGAAGCAACGAGUCUACUUUGAGCUCCCUCUGAAUAUCAACACUUAUCUUAUUUCGGACCCCAGCCAGCCUCUGGAGGAAACAAAUUUAGGCCUGUUCUCUGCAGGAUUUCGUUCUUUCGGUCACUACCCAGUGCUCUUGACCAUAGAUGUGGGUAAACGUAGAUUGACUGGUGAAUUGUAAGUCUUACCUCCUGGCUCAGCACCACUUCACCAACAGUGGGGUACAAUGCUGGCAUUACAGGUGCAUCCUUUCCAACCCCCUGAAGUAAACUCUUCUCAGGCUGGAUAUUGGGAUAACCCUGAAAACGGAGCACACCCUUCUGCUCCACAGUUUGAAAAUGGAAACCACCUUCUUGGUCUUCCCCUCCUCGUAUGCUGUCCCAGACCAUCAUGCAGCCUAUAGGAGACAUGUCAGCCAAGACAGCCCAACAGUGCCCAGAGGCCUCAGUUUCUAAGAGCAAAUCAUAUCCACACCUGGUGCCUUGUUGCAGAGGAGCUUCUUGAAUACUUCAGCUAUGUCUGCAGAGGAUAUUGGUGAGUCUUUCCCCUGUUCUUCAGAACACGUACCUCUUCCACGGGGGACUUGUUGGCCGAGGAACCCUUCAAAGUACUCUUUAGGUCUGCUCAGCCAUCUGAUCCAUGUAGUAGAUUUUAGUCCAGUCAUGUUGCCCGCCUGAUGUGACUGAAAAAUAAGAUGAUCUUGACCUUGACUUGGAACUGUUUUGUUCAGCUGUUGUUUUCAGCACCAAGAAUGUGACGAUUUUCAUUCACAGCUUUGAGCCACACCAAAUUAGAAGUCCUAAAAACGCAUAAAAGAUUUAUCGUCAUGACAACUGAUCCAGGCCUGCCCAAAGGGGUUCAGGUGGUACCUGGUCAAGAUCCGUUUGAAGUGACUGUCAACAUACAAAGUCAGCAGAGCUCAGAUAAAGAUGUAAGUCUGAAUAGAACUAGCUUUCAUUCCAUGUAUUGUUGUAAAACUAGAGGCUGCUCUCGC